CCAGAACCAAGGAAAUGCACAAUGACCGAGUUCCUGGAUGAAAAUAAUGCCUGUGGGCAGAAUCUGCUGAAUAUAGUAUCUGUGGGUAAUUCUAUUAUAGCGGAAAUCCUGCGUCUCAAGGACUAUGUGCCCAGUAUUUAUAGAUUGGACAACAAGGCAGAUAAGGCGAAAUAUGGCGAGAUAAUCCUCGAUUUCAGCUACUUCAAAGUGGCCGAGGAUCACGAGAAGAAGAUCGAACAGAGUCCGGAACUGACCGAACUGGAUGACGAGGCGCGUGCCCAGCUUCCGCUGAUCAACCGAUUUUACCUGGCCUUCCAGAGCAUCCACCACUAUGCCUCCGAUCUCAAGCAAUUCAUCGAUGAGCUAAACACGGGCUACUACAUCCAGCAGACACUGGAGACGGUGCUCCAGGAGGAGGAGGGUCGCCAGCUGCUCUGUGAAUCCCUCUACCUGUUCGGUGUGAUUCUGCUCCUCCUCGAUUUCCAUUUGCCGGGAGAUGUUCGGGAACGUCUGCUGAUCGCCUACUAUCGUUAUAGUGGCGGUGAUGCCACGCCCAGCGGGGAUGAGAGCAAUAUCCACGAUGUCUGCCUGCUCCUCCGCUCCACGGGCUAUGUUCAUCCUGAAGAGGCUUCUAAAGUGCUCAGUUUGGGUGGCAAACAGGCGGCUGCUGCAGCUGCCAGCCUGGUGGUUCCCCGAUAUCCGGAGGCCUACUUCUCUCGCUUCCCUUUUGACGAAAACUUUGUGGACCUUGUGGUGGCCCGCCUGCGGUGCGAUGAUAUCUACAACCAGCUGACCCUGUAUCCACAUCCUGCCCAUCGAUCCACUGCCCUCUCUACUCAGGCUGCCAUGCUGUAUGUUUGCCUGUACUUCUGCCCGAAAGUUCUCCACACCCAAGGCUCCCAGAUGCGUGAGAUUGUGGACAAGUUCUUCUGCGACAACUGGACUAUAUCCGUGUACAUGGGCAUUACUGUUAACCUGGUGGAUGCCUGGUUGGACUUCAAAGCCGCCCGAUCUGCCAUAGAAAAUGUUACAAGUCCAGCGGGGAUUAAAGCUCUUUGUCAGCAGCAAAAGGAGCAGUUGGAAAAGAUAAUGCUAAAGACGCAGGAAAUUGUUCGCGAGGGCGUGCUGAGUGAUGACUUUGUUUUGGAGCACGCCAACAAAAUCAUACUGAUGAUGAGGCAAUCGAAUGUGCUGCUUCGUUGGUUCUGCCUCCACACCUCCAAGGAGGUUUUCGUCUUUGCCCACACAGCCACUGUGCCGGGACAAGUCCAAAGAACAUUGCUCCAGGAACUGCAAUUCGAUCGGAAUAUUCUAUACAACCUGUUGCUCAACUGCAGCCAAAUGGAGCUGAGUGUGAGGGAGUUCUUGACGGAGAUUCAGCAGAGCAAAGAGGAUCGCUGGACGAAAAGCAGGGAUGAGGCCAUGCAGAGGUUGAACGAGUUGAGUGAGGCCUUUGCGGGCUCUAGACCUCUGACCAAAAUCGAGCAGAAUACCCAGUUGCAGCAGUGGUUCAAGGAGGUGGCCGGCCGUCUGCAGAAACUGGAGUUGAGCAGGCCACAAAAGUCCGGCAGGCUGAUUAUUCAGGUGAUGCAGGCCUUGGAUGAGGUGCAGGAGUAUCACAAUCUGCAUUCAAACAUGCUGGUCAAGCAGCAGCUGCAGGAAACCCGGGAUAUGCUUAAUAGGAUGGCGCAGCUCAUCAACCUAAAAGAAGACAUCGAGAUCCACAUCCAGAUGAUCACCGACUUCAGUUACGCCUGGCAUCUUCUGCAGCGCGACUUUACGCCGCUCAUGCAGGAGCACAUCAAGCGACAGCCGCAGGCGGUGAUUGGCAUCCGGGCGGUGUUCCUCAAACUGGCCAGCACUUUGGAGGUGCCGCUGAUGCGGAUCAACCAGGCCAGAAGCGAGGAUCUGGCCUCCGUGUCCAAUUACUACAGCACGGAACUCGCGAACUUUCUGCGACGCGUCCUGCAAAUAGUUCCGGAAACUAUGUUUAGCAUUCUGGCAAGGAUUAUCUAUUUGCUGACGAAUGUGAUCAAGGAGUUUCCCACUCGAGUGGAAAAGGAGCGUUUAAAAGACUACGCCCAAUUCGAGGAGCGAGCCAAAGUGGCUCAGCUGACCAACUCAAUUGCUGUUUUCACCAAAGGAAUCCUCAUGAUGAAAACGACUCUAGUGGGAGUAAUUGAGUUAGAUCCCAAGCAACUACUGGAGGACGGGAUACGCAAGGAGCUGGUAAAUCACCUGGCCAAUGCCUACAAUCUGGGACUUAUCUUCACGCCCGAAAAAGGCAAAACGCCGGUGCAGCUGCUCCAGCAGAAGCUGCAAGCUUUGGCCAAAACAAUUGAGGGAUAUCGCAGAUCGUUUGAAUAUAUAGAAGACUACUUAAGAGUCCAGGGAUUGCGCAUUCUGCUUGAAGAAUCCCAGCGCAUCAUCAACUACAAUGUGGAGAAGGAGUGCAACGCUUUUCUGCGCAACAAAGUGCAGGAGUUUCAAUCGGAGCACCAAAGCCAGAUCAUUCCCAUCCCCAACUUUCCGCCGCUGGUCGGUGAUCCUUCGAACAACUUUAUUGGUCGCCUGGCCCACGAAAUCCUACGCUGCACGGAUCCCAAACAAACGAUUUUCCUGGACCUCAAGAGCACCUGGUAUGAGAAGAAAGCGCCGCACCAGGAAGUGCUGGCUGGAUCUGCUUUUUUUGGCAUUCUUCGCGAGGCUUUGGCUCCGGCGGGUAUGGUGGGAUUGGAACGCCUCUAUGCGCAUAUGUUGGCAGAUGAAUUGAAGCGUAAUGUUGAAAGGCUACAGCGAAACCUCACGUCGGAUCGCAUGUGGGUGGAUGCUCUGGCCAGUUUGACUAGAGAACUGGAGGCACGCGACUUCCCCUCACCCGAAGUGGCCAAGCAGCCAUUGAAGUACUACCAAGCUUACACUCAACGGUGGCUUAAAGUGUGGCCUACUCUUCUCGAGUGGGUGCUUUCCAUCGGACAGAAGCAGCUGCUGCGGCGAGAAAUUGCCGGAGAACUAAGCUUUAGCAGCAAGUGUGAUGCCAAGUUGCUAGAGAACACAGCUGAUACCCUAAAUAAGGCCCUUCUGCUGGAGCUCACGCUCAGCAAGGAUCUCUGUGAUGAGCAGGGAGUGUCCAUGCUGACUGAACUGCAUGAAACUCUCCUCUAUACCGGCAACUUUGAGCCCCUGGAGCAGGUCUUUCUCAUCACCAAGAACACUCAUAACAUGGCGCUGUUCCUGUUUCUCUUCACCGUCGCCCAUUUGGGUCGUCUGCAGCAUUCCACGAAUACCGACUGCCUGUUGCCAAAAUCAGCCAAAGAUAAUAUCGAUAAUGUGCCUUUCAUUGUGGGUCUAGUGACGAUCCUGCAACAGUUCCAUAGGAAUGUCAAGAUGUUGUAUAUAUCCUACAUGAGCCAGUAUGUGGUGACGGUUUCGGAGGCUCAGUUAUUGGACAAGGAAAUCCUGGGUCCCGAGGUCGUCACCGCCCUUCACUUCCUGCUAGCCUUUACUCGCAUCGCUCGAUUGCCGCUGCGAGUGCUGGAGCAGCGCAUUCCCAAUAUGAUACUCAGCGAGUACGAGUAUUUAGCCACACCUCUAAAAUAA